UCGUCUUUGUCUGCUCAGCCGCGCUUCCGCCGCCGUUGGUUGCCGUUAACGUUCGCGACUUCGUUCAGCCGUCGUCUUCGUUCGCGUUCUUCGCCGUUCAAGUUUGCUCGGCGUUCACUUGUCGUUCACCGUUUGGGUUCGCGUUCGUCUGGAAGCCACGUUGCCCUGCUUCAAACUGUUCGACCAACCCGCGCGCUCCACCUAGCCGUCGAACUGCUCUCUUUUGUCGCCGCCUUUUUAUUAUAGAUGAAAAAACCGAAGCUAACCCCUCCAUAAACCCUAAUACCCAACUGACAUAUUCAACGUUCCUCAUUCCUCAUUCCUCAACACACUUUCUGCCGUCGACGCACGCCACUGUGUGCCACCGCUGUCUCCACCGUCUAUUUAGUCAGAGAAGAGAUGAGGAAGAAAGUGGACGAACGAAUCAGAAAUCUCAUAGAGAAUGGCGUCAAAACAAGGCACAGGUCCAUGUUCGUCAUCAUCGGCGACAAGUCACGUGACCAGAUUGUGAAUCUUCACUACAUGCUUAGUAAGGCCCAAAUCAAAUCCAGGCCAACUGUUUUAUGGUGUUACAAGGACAAACUUGAACUCAGCAGUCAUAGGAAGAAACGUGCUAAGCAGGUUAAGAAAUUGAUGCAUAAGGGGCUUUUGGAUCCUGAGAAAGUUGAUCCUUUUUCGUUGUUUUUAGAGAGUACGGGUUUAACUUAUUGUUUAUACAAGGAUUCCGAAAGAAUUCUCGGGAAUACUUUCGGAAUGUGUAUACUCCAGGAUUUUGAGGCAUUGACACCUAAUCUCCUAGCAAGAACAAUAGAAACAGUUGAGGGAGGAGGGUUAAUUGUUCUGCUGCUUCGUUCAUUAUCGUCACUUACCAGUCUCUACACCAUGGUGAUGGAUGUCCAUGAUAGAUUCCGGACUGAAUCUCACUCUGAAGCUACUGGGCGCUUUAAUGAGCGUUUUUUAUUAUCAUUUGCUUCUUGCAAGGCUUGUGUGGUCAUGGACGAUGAGUUGAAUGUACUACCAAUUUCAUCUCAUAUUAGGUCUAUUAGCCCAGUUACUGUUAAGGAGGACUCCGAGGGACUCUCAGAAGCAGAGCAGGACCUGAAAAACCUUAAAGAACAACUCAAUGAAGAUUUUCCGGUUGGACCGUUGAUUAAGAAGUGUUGCACAUUGGACCAGGGAAAAGCUGUCAUCACAUUUCUGGACGCAGUUCUGGACAAGACACUUCGUAGCACUGUUGCAUUGUUGGCUGCUCGUGGUCGUGGGAAAUCAGCUGCUCUUGGUUUAUCAAUUGCUGGAGCUGUUGCUGUGGGGUAUUCAAAUAUCUUUGUAACUGCACCAAGCCCAGAGAACUUGAAAACCUUGUUUGAAUUUAUAUGCAAAGGUUUUGAGGCACUCGAGUACAAGGAACACAUUGAUUUUGAUGUGGUGCAAAGCGCAAAUCCUGAAUUCAAGAAAGCUACCACUGUAAGGAUUAACAUUUACAAGCAUCAUAGACAAACAAUUCAGUAUAUACUCCCACACGAGCAUCAAAAGCUUUCUCAAGUUGAAUUAUUGGUUAUUGAUGAAGCAGCUGCCAUUCCACUGCCGCUUGUGAAGUCUUUGCUCGGGCCAUACCUUGUCUUCCUGUCAUCGACAGUUAAUGGUUAUGAAGGCACUGGGCGUUCAUUAUCGCUAAAACUUCUGCACCAACUAGAAGAGCAAAGCCAUGUAUCUUCCAAGAGCACGGAGGGAUCUGGUUCUGGUUCUCUAUUUAAGAAAAUAGAACUGAAUGAGUCCAUCAGAUAUGCUUCUGGGGAUCCCAUAGAGAACUGGCUUAACACUCUACUAUGCUUAGAUGUUUCAAGUGCCAUCCCUAAUCUUAGCAGGUUACCUCCACCCAGUGAGUGUGAUCUAUACUAUGUUAAUCGGGACACCCUCUUUUCCUACCAUAAAGAUAGUGAAUUGUUUUUGCAGCGAAUGAUGGCCUUGUAUGUUGCUUCACAUUACAAAAAUUCUCCAAAUGAUUUGCAGCUGAUGGCAGAUGCUCCAGCACACCACUUAUUUGUAUUACUUGGACCUGUUGACGAAUCAAAGAAUCAACUUCCUGAUAUCUUGUGUGUCAUCCAGGUCUGUCUUGAGGGGCAAAUAUCUCGCCAUUCAGCAAUCAAAAGCUUGAGUGAUGGUCAUCAGCCUUUUGGGGAUCAAAUUCCAUGGAAAUUCUGUGAGCAAUUUCGUGAUACAGUUUUCCCCUCACUUUCUGGUGCUCGUAUUGUACGAAUUGCUACACACCCAAGUGCCAUGAGGCUUGGAUAUGGUUCACAAGCAGUUGACCUUUUAAUACGUUACUAUGAAGGACAACUUACUCCUAUCUCUGAGAUCGAUGUUGAAGAUGAAGUGCAAGCUCCACAAGUUAGAGUUACAGAAGCUGCAGAGAAGGUUUCGUUACUCGAAGAAAAUAUAAAACCUAGAACAAAUCUUCCUCAUUUGCUGGUACAUCUGCGUGAAAGACGCCCAGAGAAGCUCCAUUACAUUGGCGUCUCAUUUGGGUUAACCUUGGACCUUUUUCGCUUUUGGAGAAAGCAUGCAUUUGCUCCGUUCUACAUUGGCCAGAUUCCAAAUGCGGUGACUGGUGAGCAUACGUGCAUGAUCCUGAAACCUUUGAACAAUGAUGAAAUUGAAGUUGAUGGAUCAAAUCAAUGGGGUUUUUUUGGUCCAUUUUAUGAAGAUUUUAAGCAAAGAUUUACAAGACUUCUGGCUUCCACUUUUCGUGGUAUGGAAUACAAGCUUGCUCUGAGCGUCAUAGAUCCAAAAAUCAAUUUCAUGGACCAAGAACCUUGGAAGACCAAUUCUGAUAAAUAUUUGGGAUCUGUUAGAGAAUAUCUAUCACCACAUGAUAUGAAGCGACUGGAGGCUUAUGUUGAAAAUCUAGCUGACUUCCAUCUGAUUUUAGAUAUUGUUCCCACCAUUACACAUCUGUUCUUCCAAGAAAAGAUUCCAGUUACAUUGUCAUAUGCCCAGGCUUCUGUGUUACUGUGCAUUGGACUGCAGAACCAGAACAUUUCAUACAUUGAGGAACAAAUGAAGUUGGAAAGGCAACAAAUAUUGUCUUUAUUUAUAAAGGUUAUGAAGAAGUUUUACAAAUAUUUAUAUGGUCUUGCAUCCAAGGAGAUCGAAUCAACCUUGCCCCGACUGAAAGAGAUUGUUAUGGAACCUCAUAGUGUCUCUGUGGAUGAAGAUCUAAAUAAUGCAGCUAAACAAGUUGAGGAUGACAUGAAGUCAAAAACAGAAGCACUUUUUGCUCCUGAAAUGAUCCAACAGUAUGCCAUUCAAGAUGGAGAAUCCGGCCUUGAGAAUUUGUUACAAAAUAAUGGUGGAAAGAUACCCACUGGCGGACUUGUUAGCGUGAAAUCCAGUAAGAGUGUUGUCAAACCCGAAAAAGAGAAGAGAAGCCAUAAGACUGACAAAAAGCGGGAAAAAGACAAACACAGCAAUAAAUCAAGCAAAAGGAAAAGGACUUGACUUUGAGGAGAAUCAAAGUUAAACCUGUUAGUUGACUGAUCGUUUGCGUCACAGUCAAAAGAGUGUUGUAUAAUGCAAAGUUGAAGAUGCAGGAAAAUUUUUGACCUCGCUAGAAGCUAUCAUAUGAAUGCAUGUACCAGCCCAUUUUCUUGUAUAGCUUAGCUACAGAGCAUGGCCAUGUGGACCAUGUAGGACAGUAGGAGGCAAUUGCCAGUUUUGUAAUUUACACAUUAAAAUGAUCACAGGUGAUUAAAUUGGUCUCACGUUAUAUUCGAAA